GGAACCAAAGAGACCGGCUUAGCGUUUUCCGAGGCUCACGGAGAUAGGCUUCCCAGGGGCGUGUUUUGCAAAGCUUGCCUCUUCCUGCGGCCGCUGGGUUUCGUUUUUGCAAGCCCGGGCAUUGUUGUUGCUGCUGCAAAGGGCCUGGCGUUUCUGGGUUUUUUGCAAGCGGCCGGCGCCUCUUUCUCUCCCCGUCUCCCCCGCAGGCAUGGCCGGCUUGGAGCUGCUCUUCCACUCGGUGGCGCCCGACCUCGCCUGCCCGCAGGACGCCCUCGUCUGCUUCCUCCACUGGAGCCUCGUCGCCCACCGCUACCGCUGCCUGGGCGCCGGAGAACAGCCAAACCCCGAUGAGAAGAAGUCGGAAAUGCUCCCCGCCGGGUGGAACGCAGACAAAGACCUCUACACCCUGCGCUACGCGUCGAAGGACGAUGCCCACCAGCUGCUGUUGAAGGGCAUCAUGGUGGAUGGCACUAUGAUCGUUAACGUCCUGGAUCCCAAGACGAAGAAUGUCGCCGAUUUGACCGUGAAGGUGACCGACUACGUCAAUCCUGAACACCUGGCAACGUUUGACAAGGUGUUCAAGAACACAGAGGAACUGCAGUCGCAGGUCGUCCAUCACAUCAUCUCCCCGUUCGACACGACUGCCGAGCGGCCCAGCGCCAAGGAGGCCCCCAGGCGGGAGAAGAAUCCCUCCCCACCCAACCCCCCGGACCACGACCCGCUGUGGAUCCCCCCUCGGCAGCCGCAGGGCAGCCGGCAGCCCCACUGGCCAGACCCCCUGGGGCCUUUUGCAGUUGGUGGAGAAGAUCUGGAUCCUUUUGGGGGCCGAAGAGGAGGGAUGAUUGCUGAUCCGCUCCGAUCGGGAUUUCCGAACCCUAUUGCUGACCCUUCCGCCGGACUCCCCCACAGACUUCCUCCCGGAGCUGUCCCUCCUGGGGCCAGAUUUGAUCCUUUUGGGCCCCCUGGGACUGGCCGGGCCGGGCCAAACCCGGACCAUCUCCCGCCUCCAAACUACGACGACAUGUUUAUGUGAGGGCAGCGGAAGACCCCCUCCCUGCCUCUCGGGGGAAGGGGAGCUGCAAUUGCUUCGUACCCCCCACCCCACGUUUGGGAUCCAGGCUUCCGUGUUCUUCGCUAUGCCUACAAAAACCGGCUUCCGUUUCUCAGUAGAUGAACCAGAAGAGGACGCUGUGUGCAUAAAAGAUAUUUGCCCUCCUC